UGAUGGGAGCGAUAUUGGCGCAAAACCAAGGAAUUUUGUCCUUCAAUUGGAGAAGAACAGUAAUUUCAACACCCAUCACUUCAUUGUAUGUGCGUUGCUCUUCAACUGUAUCCCCACGACCCCUCAGAUACGCAGUUCUUGGCGCGGGCUUUGCUGGCUUAUCCGUGGCUUGGAAUUUGCUUCGACAUGGCUCCAAGGACUCCCAUCUUUCUGUUGAUAUUUAUGAUGAAGCUGGCGUUGGCGGAGGUGCAUCUGGAAUUGCUGGUGGGCUUUUGCAUCCAUACUCGCCUAAAGUCAAGCUUCUUUGGCAAGGUGCAGAGUGCUGGGAAGAAAGUUUGAGUCUCUUAAAUAUUGCUGAACAAGCACUUCUUAAUGUAGUAAAUCAGGGAAAAGGUGAAAUUGUGGAAGAUGGCGAAUCUAUUAUAGUUAGGAGAAGGGGGAUCUUGAGGCCAGCUGUCAAUAUAAAGAGCAUGAAUAUAAUGUCAGAGAAUGCUCAGAACUAUCUUGCCAAUUGCAGACUAGAACUCAUCCAUGAGGAUGCUGCUCAAAAGCUUGUCCCAAAUUUAUCGCUACCAUUGGACGUGGCGUUUUACAUGCCUGAAGCUCUGAAUGUUGAUGCUCAACGUUACCUCAAGGGUCUUUACCUAGCAUGUGAAAAUCUAGCUAAUGGCGUGUUAACCUUGGGCCAUACGAACAAAGAAUUAAAUUUUUACCAGAAAUCCAUCCCAUCUCUGCUAGAACUUUCUGGGGAGUACGAUGCAGUGAUUAUCUGCUUUGGAGCCCAGGCAGCAUUUCUUCCGGAGCUUUCUGGAAAACUGCCUCUGAGAGUCUGUAGAGGCAUCAUUGCUAAGCUGCAACUUCCUGAUGAUGUUAGGGAAGAGUAUCCACAACACAGUCCCUCCAUUCUGUCAGAUGCCUGGCUUGCUGUCCAUGGUGCUCGACACAUGGAUUUGGGAUCGACAUGGGACUGGGAAUCAAGGAAUUACUCGAGGGGCGUCACAGCUGAUGAAGCUUCCAAGGCAGUUAAAGUGCUUCUCCCAAAAGCAUGUUCCGUAUAUCCACCCAUAGAAAAGUGGGACGUAACUGGAACUGUUGGAGGGCUGAGGGGGAUGCCGCCUGUCACUUCGAACGGAUCACUUCCUCUCCUGGGUUGCAUAGAUAAGUACAUUGAUGGUAGACAUUCAUGCAAAUACUGGUUGUUUACUGGCCUCGGAGCGAGGGGUCUGCUCUACCAUGCUUGGCUUGGAAAACUGUUGGUUCGAGCCGUGCUUUCCUGCAACGAGGAUUUGCUUCCGUUGGAGCUAACCUCAUGGAAGCAUAAAAUGCACUAAUAACAAUGUAUGAAGAAGGAUCGAUGAAAAUACUGAGAGGUGUUCCCAACAAAUCAAGAACCGGACCAAGUAGACUAGCCAGUGUUAUGGAGAUGUCUCUCGAUUAACUUGUAGUAUUAUUUUUUGUUCAUUCCAUUGUUUAUUUCUUCUUGUAAUAAUAUAUUUUGAGUUAUAAUAGUAAUUCAUUUGAUUUCA